AUUGUGACGAGCUCGUGCCCGUUUCGCGGGCUUGCGCAGGACGUUGAGGGGAAGAGUGAGAGGAGCGGGCGGCAGCCCCGGACACACCGACCGCAAACACGGAUUUCCUUUGGGAUAAGCGAACCGGCCUGGCUGCUAGAGCGAUGCCGCACUCUAGACGGUACCGUUCCUCAGAGCAAAGCAGUCGGGGCAGUUACCGCGAGCGUUAUAGAAGCCGGAAACAUAGGAGGAGGAGAAGCAGGUCGCGUACUAGCAGCAGUGACAGGGGCCGCAAUCGGCGGCAUCGACAUGGCGACAGUUACCAUGAGCGUUCACGCAGUUACGACGAGAGAUCCUCAGACAGACGAACAAACGACAGGCGUUAUUGUGACACACAUCGGCGAAAUGAAUACAGCAGGGAUAAAGGAGAUGUUUAUUAUGACACAGAAUACCGCCACUCUUAUGACUAUCGACGCUCCCGUGGGGACAGCUACAGGAGCUGUAAAAGUAGUAGGCGCAAACAGAAACGGAGGAAGCGCAGAACCAGGUCUUAUAGUCGGUCCUCAUCGCGAAGUCGCCAGAGCAGCAGGCGCGCAAAGAGUGUGGAAGACGACGUAGAGGGUCACCUGAUCUAUCGCACCGGCGACUGGAUACAAGAAAGAUAUGAGAUUGUGAACACAUUGGGUGAAGGCACAUUUGGCCGAGUGGUCCAGUGCAUAGAUCACAGGAGGGGCGGAGCCAGAGUAGCUUUGAAAAUCAUUAAAAACGUGGAGAAAUAUAAAGAGGCAGCACGUCUGGAGAUCAACGUCCUGGAGAAAAUCAAUGAAAAGGACCCAGAGAAUAAACACCUAUGCGUACAGAUGUUUGACUGGUUUGACUUCCAUGGUCACAUGUGCAUCUCCUUUGAGCUUCUCGGUCUCAGCACGUUUGACUUCUUGAAAGAAAACAGCUACUAUCCCUAUCCCAUCCACCAAGUGCGACACAUGGCGCUCCAGGUUUGCCACGCCGUGAAAUUUCUUCAUGACAAUAAACUUACUCAUACAGAUCUGAAACCAGAGAAUAUUUUGUUUGUGAAUUCUGACUUCGAACUCACCUAUAAUGUGGAGAAGAAGAGAGAUGAAAGGUGUGUGAAAAAGACUGAAGUUAGAGUAGUGGACUUUGGAAGUGCCACCUUUGACCAUGAGCAUCAUAGCACUAUUGUAUCGACACGACACUACCGAGCACCAGAGGUCAUCCUCGAGCUCGGGUGGAAUCAGCCUUGUGAUGUCUGGAGCAUCGGUUGCAUUAUCUUCGAGUAUUAUGUGGGAUUCACGCUUUUUCAGACACAUGAUAACAGAGAACAUUUGGCUAUGAUGGAGAGGAUUCUGGGUCCAAUACCCUCAAGAAUGACUCGAAAGACUAGAAAGCAGAAAUAUUUUUACCAUGGCCGUCUGGACUGGGAUGAAAAUACGUCAGCAGGCCGAUACGUGAGGGAGAACUGCAAACCACUGAGGAGAUACAUGAUGUCUGAAGCAGAUGAACACCACAAACUGUUUGAUCUGAUCGAGGGCAUGCUGGAAUAUGAACCAUCCAAGAGAAUUACAUUGGCAGAGUCUAUUAAGCACCCGUUCUUUGACAUUUUAAAGGGUGAAUCUGCUCCAAAGCACUGGGACACUGGCCGUGACAUCAGCCGAUGAGGGCACAGUCACCCUGAGGGGAGGGUAUUCAAUGCACAUUUUAUGGGUGACUUUAUGCUUCAAACAUGGACUUACAUUCAGAAACAUGGUGCUUUCUCUUUCUUUAAACUGAAUGAACAUUUUGCUAUCUGGUAAAGCUGUUAAUAUGUGAAUUAAUUAUAUAUAUAUAUAUAUAUAUUCUGUAAAGGCGCAAGCGUGUCUGGCAGAAGCUGCCAUGUAAAUAAAACCACCUGGUUUCCCCGCGCGUUCCCUGGUGUGGAGGGGGACUGGCCUGUAAUUUAUAAUGUCAGUGUUGGGCAGGAGGAUUGCUUCCAUGCACCUUCCUAUGUUUUUAUAAUAUUUUGUACAGUGUUUGUGAGAAAUAAAUCCAUUAUGUUUGUAUGA